AUGCAUCUCGUAACCAUACUCACCUUGGCUCUGAGCAGUGUCGCGCUCGGUGCUGUCACUGAUCCCGGAGGGUAUCCAAACCCUACAACCUCCAGAACGACGAUGAUUGUCACUGGUCCAGGAGGUUAUCCGAAUCCUACAGCCUCCAAGACGACAACUAUCGUUACGGAGCCAGGAGGCUAUCCAAACCCAACAACUUCUAAGACGACAACUAUCGUUACGGACGGGGGAGGAUAUCCUCCUCGUAGUACCACCACAACGACCUCCAAGACAACGACCAUUGUGACAGAUCCUGGGGGAUAUCCUAAUCCUACCACUUCGAAGCCAAUUUCCACCACUGUGUCUGCACCUCGCACUGGCCAGACACUCUAUGGUCAGUGUGGAGGUCAAGGUUGGAAUGGACCUACUAUCUGUGCUCAGGGCACCUGCAAGUACUCCGAUCGUGAGCCGUCAUCAUACGAGGGGGCUCUCCUUUUCAACCUUUGUGCAUUCAUCCUUCCUGCUCUCUAUGCAACACUCAGCAAGUUCUGGGUAGCCAAUAUCGACUCGAGCCUUGUCGUCACGACAGACAUCUACACCUACAUUGGCGUAAUCGUUGAAGUGAUCAACGAAGGCCUCCCUCGAGCAUCAUGGCUCAUUAUUGGAGAUAAAUCUUCAAGGCCUCUCGCAACCAGGAUCCAAUUAGCCUACACACUCAUCUCAAUCCAAAUGCUUCUUGGAACCCUUCUCUCCAUCGUCUUUCUCACAUCAUCCUCCCUACUUGCAGGAUUCUUCGUCCCUGCGGUGGUACGAGCAACGUCCUUGCGAUACGUUCGCAUUUCCUCCUUUUCGGCCCUUGCAUCGACUACCGAAUAUAGUGUCUCCCUAGCGACCCGAGCCUUGGACCGUCCAGAUGUCCCACUACUCAUUAGCUCGGUUAAGUUUGCGAUCAAUAUCGUCCUCGAUCUCAUCUUUAUAUCAAAGAUUCACGUUCGUGGCGUGAUUCCAAACGUCAAUGCGCAAGCCGCGAUUCGACUGAGUUGCGAUCUAGCUGCAGCCUUUUCCGGUCUCGUAUACUUUGUUUCACGCAACAAACGCCUGGGAGGCACAAUGAGGGGAGAAACUCAGGAGCACAGUACGACGCCUUCAUUGCCCGCUCUCAAGGUUCUUGCCUACCCCGGCACUUUCACCUUUAUAGAGUCUGCAGUCAGAAACGCUCUAUACCUGUGGCUCAUCCACAGCAUGAUAGAGUUGAGUGCAGACUAUGCUACUGCCUGGGGUGUAUUCAAUACCAUCCGGUGGGGCCUUGUCAUGGUACCGGUACUCGCUCUUGAAUCAUCAAGCCUGGCUUUCGUUGGCCAUAAAUGGGGCGCUUGGAGAGCCAGAGUCGGCCUGAACACCUCUCCCAUGACGGUGGCAAAGAAGGAGCUUUUCGGUAUUAUUCUACCUGCCUUGGUGUCUGUGGGUAUUGCCUUGCUCGUUGAGGUUCCUCUUUGCAUCUUUUUUUCCCUAUGGGGUGCACAAUCCUUCGCAUUCUACCUCUCUGGAUCAACAUCAGUCGCUGCAAUCGCAGGAAACAUGUGGAGAACCAUUGACUGGUGUUACAUCUUUUAUGCCAUAUCGACGCAGCUCGCCACAAUUCUACUCGCAACCAUUCCGAGAUGGUACCUCUACCAGAGCCUAGCUUCCAACGUCCUCUGGGUUCUGCCGUGGGCGAUUGUGGUCAGUAAAGCGAACCUUACCGUGGAAAAUGCUUGGCGUUAUCAUUCGAUUGUCUUUGGGGGGAGCUUGGUCGUCAGCUUCAUCGUAGUCGUCCUCUUUGACUGCAUAUGGGCCUGGAAACUUCUCAGUGGACGCCUACGUCUGGCUCCCGUUGCGUCAAUUGACGUAUAA